AUGGGUAUUCUUACUGGUAGAGAUGAAGGUCUUAAAUUAAUACCACUGGCUGAUUUUGCAUUUAUUGGUCCACUAACAGAUUAUGCAAAAGGCAUGUCAACACGAUCUUUGCCACCAACGAAUCAUUAUACAUUAGAAUUUGAAAAAUUUGAUCAAAUACGUGGUAUGGCAAUUGAACACGACGAACCUCAUUUUCAUUAUAUGCAAACAGGCAGUGGUGGUCAGGUAACUGAUCCAAAAACUCAUAGAUUAGUACCAGCACCAGAACCAAAACGUCCAAGAAUCGGACAACUUUAUCUGGCAUUACUUGAUGAACCACAACAAAUUAAACAACUAGUCGAAAUCGUCGAAGAAGAUAUUGAAUCAUUACGGCAGAAAGGAGCUGAACCAAAAAAUCAUUAG